AUGGGCGCCUUCCUGGACAAGCUGGCGCGGGGGGCGGCCGCCCGGGUGCUUGUCAUAGGGGGCUCCUUCACCAGGGGCUCGGGUUGCCAGGACGACCUGGGUCGCGAGAAGCAGGACUGCUCGUGGGUGGCGCGGCUGAGACGGUGGCUGCAGGCCGCCUUUCCGCGUUUCAGCGUCGUCUUCUACGACGAGUCUCGGGCCGGGCAGCCGAUUGGCAUGUUCCUCAGCGGCCUGGGCGCUCUCUUUCGGUCACGCUUUCUGCUAGAGGAGCCGCCCGACAUAGUCUUCAUCGACACGAUGGCGAACGACGGCGCGUGGGCUCAAGUCGGCCUAGCAAGUAUAACCAGGAACGUUUCCGAGUAUGGUAGUGUCGCCUUCGAGCAAGCGGUGAUCGCCCUGCGAACAUUGGCCCCCCACGCCCAGAUCAUUCUGUUGCAGGAUGGCUGCAGGCCUUGCCUAUCGGCCGGCGACAUGCAGACGAAGGUGGCCACUACAACAUCCCUACUGCGAACUAUGGGCUCCUGGUGA